CAAAAAAAAGGUUCAAUACCGAGAACAUUAUACCGACAACAUGUCCUCGGUAUAGACAUUUCAUAUGCGCGGGACAUUUUCGCGGUUCUGAAUAGGUUUAGUUGCUAUACCGAGGACCUAUACCGAGAACAUGUUCUCGGUAUAGGGUUUAUAAAUAUCACACUCAGCCGCGAAGCCCCUUCUCCUUCCUCUCUGGUUUCUCUGGGUUUUCUCCGAAACCUCCGCCUCCCUCCGCCGAUUAUAGUCGUUUUCCUCCAUAAAAGCUCGGUUUUAAGCCCCAAAAUUGCCAAGGGUGAAGGAAUUUCUGUGUAUUUGUUGAAGGUUGGGUAUUCGGUUUUUGUUGGAUUAUAGGGAUUGCUAGCAAGAUAUUGAAGGCAUUGUGCUACAUUCAUACAAUGUCGAUCGACAAGAGUUGGAUUAAUUUGACAGAUCGAUUAUCCGAUGAGUAUGAGGCUGGUGUGAUGGAUUUUCUCCAGAGAGCCCGGCAGUGCGUUGACUCAAGGGGAUUGGUGAAAUGUCCGUGUAGGAGGUGUGUCAACGUUGAAUUUCAGACAAUUGAUGUAUUAGAAAAUCAUCUUUUUGUAAAUGGUUUUCUACGGAAAUAUACCAAUUGGCAUUGGCAUGGAGAGGAUGAAAUAAUACCAAUGAGAGCUCGGAUAGAUCAAAAUGAUGAAGAUGAGAUGAUGGAUGUUCUCACUGAUCUUAUGCAAAAUGACAAUGACGAACAAGCGGAGAAUGAGCGCGGUCAAGAGAUACCUACAACUGACUACAGGAGUGGGCAACAUUAUAACGAUUUGUUUGCUGAGAUCGAGGCUCCAUUAUUCCCCGGGUGUCAAAAUUACACUUCAUUGAAUUUCCUAGUGAAGUUAAUGCAUUUCAAAGUGUUGGGAAAAAUUCCCAACAAAAUAUUUGAUGGAAUGCUGGAGUUGUUACAUGAUGCAUUUCCAGCCCCAAAUAAGCUUCCAAAAUCGCACUAUGCAGCGAAAAGGUUGUUGCGGAAACUUGGAUUGGGCUACGAGUCAAUCCAUGUCUGCAAGCAUGAUUGCGCACUGUUUUGGAAAGAACAUGCUGGAAAAAGCAAAUGUCCUGUUUGUGGAGAGGAUCGAUGGGUGGACAAGAACACCAAGGGAAAGAAAGUGCCUCAUAAAGUGAUGCGUUAUUUUCCUUUAACCCCUAGGUUAAUGCGAAAAUAUGCAUCGAGGCACAUUGCUCAACAUAUGAGAUGGCAUCACGAGCAACGUAUAAAAGAAGAUGGUGUAUUGCGUCAUCCUGCUGAUGGGAAAGCUUGGAAGGACUUUGACCGAAAUAAUCCAACAUUUGCAAUGGAACCCAGGAAUGUGCGGCUUGGAUUGGCUGCAGAUGGAUUCAAUCCCUUUGGUAAUAUGAGUCUGUCUUAUAGUAUGUGGCCAGUAGUGUUGACGACAUAUAACUUGCCACCAUGGUUGUGCAUGAGAGAAACUAAUUUCAUGUUGAGUUUAUUAAUUCCGGGACCUCAUUCGCCAGGAAAAGAUUUUGAUGUUUUCUUAAGACCAUUGAUUGAUGAGUUAAAAGAAUUAUGGGUGACUGGUGUACAGACUCGAGAUGCAGUCGAUGGCAGUUUCUUCACUCUUCGGGCAGCUUUGAUGUGGACUAUAAACGAUUACCCAGCAAGGAGUAGCCUUUCUGGAUGGACUGCUCAAGGUUAUCAUGCUUGCUCUACUUGCAAUGUGGCAACACCAUCUAUUCGUUUACAAAAGAAGGUUGCUUUUUAUGGUCAUAGACAUUUUUUACCAAUCAGACAUGUCAUUAGAAGGGACAAGAAGACAUAUGGUGUCGUUGAAAAGAGAUUACCACCACAGCCAUUAACCAUGCAAGAAAUGUUCACACAAAUGAGUUUUAUACCUGAUUCUCUUCCUGGUAAGCAUGUCAGUUAUGGCGGCCAAAAAAGAAAGCGUACAAAAGAGCAAGUUGGUUGGCGGAAAAAAAGUAUAUUUUUUGAGCUCCCAUAUUGGGCCAACAUAAUGCUGCGACACAAUCUAGAUGUUAUGCAUGUUGAGAAAAAUGUGUGUGACAGUUUAGUAGGCACAAUAGUUGGGCUGGAGAAUAAGACCAAAGACACAGUUAGUGCCAGAGUAGACUUGGAGAAGAUGAAGAUGAGACCAGAGUUACAGCUGAGGAAGUUGAAUGGUCGGAUACAAAAGCCUGCGGCCAAAUUCACUUUCACUGUUGAAGAUCGCCAAAAGUUUUGUCGAUUUCUUAAAUCAGUGAAGUUUCCAGAUGGUUUUGGAUCUAACCUAAGGAAAAAUGUGAUUGACAAUGACAAUAAGAUAACUGGUUUGAAAUCGCAUGAUUGUCACAUCAUUAUGCAACGCCUUUUGCCAGUUGGUGUGCAUGCAUUCCUAGAGAAAUCAAUGAGUACAACUAUUAUUGAGUUAUGCACUUUCUUCAAGCUCAUUUGUGCGAGAACUCUAAAAGUCUCAGAUUUAGAAAAAGUCCAAACUUCAAUUGUUGAGAUUGUUUGCAAGUUAGAGAAUAUUUUCCCACCUGCUUUUUUCGAUAUCAUGGUCCAUCUACUAAUACAUUUACCGGAAGAAGCAAUACUUGGAGGACCGGUUCACAUGAGGUGGAUGUAUCCUUUUGAAAGGUAUAUGAAAAAAUUGAAGAAUUAUGUCUGUAACAAAGCACGUCCAGAGGGCUCAAUAGCAGAAGGAUAUGUGGUUGAUGAGCGCCUCCAAGUAAACGUGGACGCCAUAAGGGAUUGAACACGCGGGAAAAGAGGGAACAGUUGGGGCGUCCUCUCCCUCUCGAGUGGGAUGUGCGGGGGAGAACAUAUAAAGAGAUCGGAGAGUACAGCUCAAAUUUCUCAAGAGAGCUCGGAUUACUUGUUCGACAGUACACAGAUCCGGACUGUCCUCAAUGGUCAAAAGUACCAAAUGCCUCGAAAGAAAGAAUACUUGCACAUUUGGAAGUAAGUAGUUUAUGUAUUUUUAUCUUAAUUCUUAUUUUAUGUUAUAUAUGAUAUUUACUAAUAAAUGUUUGUAAAUUAGGAUGAUUUGUUUGAUAUUGGGCGUACUAGAUAUGGAGAAGGGCA